CGCUUGCUGGUACACCGGUCGGGAUUGGGACUGGCUGCGGGGAGAGCGCCGGGCUGCGGUUGCUGCUCGGUCUCUUGUCUGCGGCCGAGCCGCGGAAGCUUGCGCGCCCCGCGCAUCCAUCUUCUCGUCCAGCCGAGAGAUGUGUAUCUGACUGUGUGCAUCUUUCGUGAAAAGCUCUGCCUUCUCCCUGGUGGUGGAAGCUCGUUAGCAUCAGUACUCAGGAUCCAGCCGCUUCUGCCUCCCCUGGAGCUGCACGCUGUUUGUCAAGUCCUUUUCAUGUCCUUGUAACCCUCCAGAAAGAAGGCCAGAAGUUGACUACAGCUUGGGUUAUGGUAAUGUCAGCCAGACUUCUCAGAGCCCUGGCUGGAUCUCGCCAUAUUUUGUCAAAAGCAUGUCAGUGCCAAAGACUUAUUCAUCAAAUGUUAAAACCACUUAAGGAAUUUGAGACUGCAGCACGCACAGCCCUGACAAGAAAUCAGAACUUGGAUUUGUUCUUUCCUGAUGCAGCAACUGGUGGUUUGAAUAAGUCUCAGAUCCUGGGAAUGAACCAGAAAAUAUCAAAUACAAAUGUACUCCCUCCAUUCAACACUGCGUGUUGCCAAGAUGGAAAAGCUCACCUUCCAACCAGGAACUCUGUCAGUACUCACAGGAAAGUGACUCACAAACCAAAUCUGCUAGGUUCUAAGUGGUUUAUAAAAAUAUUAAAGAGACAUUCCUCAUCUGUGUCCACGGAAACAGUUUCUAAACAAGACUUUCCGCAAAUCAAGAGACCACUGAAAGCUUCGAGGACCAGGCAGCCGUCUAGGACCAAUCUUCCAGUUCUGCCUGUGAACGAGGACCUGAUGCAAUGCACUGCGUUUGCAACCGCAGAUGAGUACCAUCUUGGAAGCCUCUCUCAAGAUCUGACGUCCCAUGGAUACGUUGAAGUGACAAGCUUGCCUCGAGAUGCAGCAAACAUUCUGGUGAUGGGUGUGGAAAAUUCUGCAAAAGAAGGUGAUCCUGGUACAAUAUUCUUCUUCAGGGAAGGAGCUGCUGUGUUCUGGAAUGUGAAAGACCAAACUAUGAAGCAUGUGAUGCAAGUUCUAGAAAAACAUGAAAUUCAGCCCUAUGAAAUUGCAUUGGUUCACUGGGAAAAUGAAGAGCUUAACUACACAAAAACAGAGGGGCAGUCAAAACUUCAUAGAGGGGAAAUCCGGUUAAAUUCAGAGCUGGAUUUAGAUGAUGCCAUUCUAGAGAAAUUUGCUUUCUCGAAUGCCCUUUGCCUCUCAGUAAAACUUGCUAUCUGGGAAGCAUCACUGGAUAAAUUUGUUGAAUCUAUUCAGUCGAUUCCAGAGGCUUUAAAAGCUGGGAAGAAAGUGAAACUAUCUCAUGAAGAAGUUAUGCAGAAAAUGGGUGAACUCUUUGCCCUAAGACACCGUAUAAACUUGAGUUCAGACUUCUUGAUCACUCCUGAUUUCUACUGGGACAGAGAAAAUCUGGAAGAACUUUAUGAUAAAACUUGUCGGUUCCUCAGCAUUACUCGUAGAGUUAAGGUCAUGAAUGAAAAGCUUCAGCACUGCAUGGAGCUAACAGAUCUGAUGCGGAAUCACCUGACAGAGAAGAGGGCACUCCGCCUGGAAUGGAUGAUUGUCAUCCUUAUUACCAUAGAGGUACUGUUUGAACUGGGACGAGUAUUUUUUCUGAUUAAGUGAUGACCAAAGGAAAAGUAUCGUUGCAAGAGAUACUCGAGUUCUACAAUCAAACAUUAAGUAUUCAUCUGCUGAGAUAUCUUUUAAUAGCUAUUUUUUUUCUUAAAUCAAGGAAUUGUUACAAUGAUCUUUUUCAGUUUCUAGUAUUGCUGCUUGAAUAAAAACUAUGAAGAACCCAGCAUCUGGGUCUAUAACACUGA